UUAAGUUCAUUCAACCUGUAAGUCAAAACCCACCAACCAGCAACCCACACAAGCCUCAGUCUGUACAAAGUAAGACUCGUUUUAGCAGCUCAUUCUUGAAAACGCCAACCGGGUGGUCGGAUAAUCUUAGGUGCUGUGCAACGAUCGGUUUGGGGUCACGUUUGUAAUUUGUACUGACCGUGACCGUUAGCCUUGAACCCGAGACAAACAAAGGGUUCCCCCCUUCCGCCGCUGUUCUGACAGUCUCAGGUGCUCGGACAAGAUGGCCGCCCGACAGUACAUGUUUCUCUACAACUUCUGGAGCCUCCCCAAGACUGCCAGCGUGGUGAGGUCCCUGGAAGGCUGGUUCUACGUCACCGCGCGCAGUAUCUGGGACCCGAGUUUUGUUUCUACCCACUUCCACAAGAACCUCGACCCUGACGCUGAGAAAAUCCAGUUUUUCAACUUCGGGGUGAGCGAGGGCAAGCCGUGGCAGCCGUCCAUGGACGUCAUACAGGAGGCGGACAAGAUCAUACCCGAGGGAGUACUCAGGCAGCCAGGAGGGUAUGCCCAGGUCGCCGUGUCUGACCCUGCACAGAAACCAACUCUUUUCCCUUACGAGCGACCUGCCACCUCCCGCUUCGUGGUCUCCGCCUUUCAGGUGCCCGACGCUGUGCCUGCCGAAGAGUUCGAGGCUAACUGGAAGGACUGGAGUGGGGUGAGUCUGCUGGAGAAAGAGGCGAUGCCUGAAACAGGCUACGCCCAUUCCGCUCUCUACAAAAAAGUGUCCCCCUUCGGCGAGUUCCGCUACGUCACGCGCUCGGAGUUCUCCGGGCUGCACGACAAGCACGACGCUGGUAUGAAUCUCGUCGGCAAAGUUCGUGAGCACUUGGGGUCCGGUUCGGCCACUGCCCGUGACAUCAAAAGCUACUCUUCCCUGUACAAAGUCGCCAUUGACGUCCACCAGCCGGAAUAAAGCCCGAAGUUUAGAGAGUUUCUUUUUGUUACGGGCAUGCAGUUUCUUUUUAUAAAGUAGGUUUUGGUUCAUAAAUGUGUUUGGCACUGACAGAGAUUUCUUAAAUGUUGUGAUGUUGUUACAGAAAUAAGGUAUACUGGUAGCAAUAAUGCAGAAUAGACAGACAAAAAAAAACAGAAUUGCAAACAAUGGUAGUGUGAGUUGUAAAAUUCUCCUUAAAACUUAUCAAUAAUAAAUCUGUGCACUGUAGUUUGUCAGAUAAGCCAUCAUAAACAUAAGUAAGUAGAUUACAUGGUAGCUUCUAAGACUAAGCAGUGGCAAUCAUGGUAUUCAAACAUUCUAGAUAGUAAAUGUAGAAUUCAACAAUAACAAUUGUGCAACCACUGUAUACAUUUUAAAAACAUAUUCAUUGGUAAGACUAGUGUCUUAGAUUAUGCAACAAUGUUCAUUGAAUGCAGCAACAUUAUACUGCCAAAUCAUAACAUUAUUCUACUUUCUAUAACAGUAGUCUACUUUAAAAACAUCACAUAAGAACACUUGGAAUAAAAAUUUCUGCUGGAAGUGACA